AUGCUUAUGAUGGAUCCGAGUUUGGAUGGGCGGGAUCUUGUCGCAUACGUGCUGCAGUCGCUUGAAGAGGAGGAGGAAUUUCACUUUCUUCGUUUUGAGUUCUUGCAGCGACUUAAUAUAACCCAGUUGCAAGUCAAAUUGGCAAGGUUAAGGAAAUGCAUCGAGAAGGAGUAUUGUGUUUCCUCUAGUAAUAGAGAAUUACUUGAGAAGACUCUACGCGACUACGCAACCGCAAUUAGAGAUUAUCAAUUCGUAAGGGGUCAAAAAGUUCUUGGGGAGCAGGAGAUUCAAGACAGAGAACACCUCCUGAGGCGAUUCUUUAAGUCACCAGAAGACCUCAGCGACCUAUCUCCUCCGCAUUAUGCCUUCAGUCAAGGCACGGGAUCGACAAUUGACCCGCUCCGCCAUGCCUUCAUGAGAUACCUCCCAAGGCAGCUUUCCUGGUCCAAGGAGGAGCGACGUCGGAGGGAAAGGGAGUACGCGCUUGGGAAACAACCGAAGGAGGUUUCCAAGUUCGUUGAUCAAUCCGUACGCUUUAUCAUUGCCUGCAUCGGCAGCCUAUUCGUCAUCGUGCCUACGCUCAUCGAGGCAGCGAUUGCUGAACCGAGAGAGGUUCAAUUAUCACAGUAUAACGUCUUUUUCACCUGGACGUCGUUCACUCUCCUUUUCGCUCUUACGCUAUCUUUUGCUGUCAAGGCCUCGAACACCGAGACCCUUGUUUCUACAUUCACAUACGCUACCGUAUUGCUUGCACUUAUAGCCAUUUUCGUACAGAUAGGUACGGGAGCAGGCUCCAUGCAUUGA